AUGCCAUUUUCGCCCAACUACUACUCUCACUCACCAUCACAACCACCUAAACUGCCUAGCUACUUACCAUCGUGCCACCAUCGUCGUAUCAUAUUGCCUUCAAUACCUUCAUCGUUCAGCUUCCCCCGCCAACCCCGUCGUGAGUUCACCGCGCUUCACUGCCUCCACAAUGAGCUUACCACCCACUCUUUUUCUCUCAUUGGCGAGACACCCUUGCACCAUACGUUAAGCCACCCCCAAGACCACCACGAACUCGAAAUCACACUCUAUUUCAUCGGUCGCCACAUGCCUAACUUCGAUUUCCCUUCCACUCGUCUCACCCACCAUCUCCAAAUAUCCUCGCUGUGCGACCAAACCCUCCUCCUCUAA